AUGAAUUUUCAUCAUGCUGCUCUUAUCAGUUCAAAAGUGUUAGAAAGAUCAUAUUUAGACACAUCUGCAGACCAUGUAGAAUUCGAUUGCGUGGUUUUAAAUGAUAAAUCUUAUGAAUUAUUUGAAAAGUAUAUCACAGGCGAAGUAAUCAACGAAGAGAUAUCACCAAACGUAAGUAUUGAUUUAUACAGCAUAGGAAUGGCUAUAGGAAACGAGUUUCUUAUUAAACCUUAUCUUUCAACUUUAGAAAAUUUGCAACUUUCAAUUGAAACAUUGCCAAAAUUCUUCGAAUACUCAAGAGUUACUGGCAAUCACGACAAACUACUCGAUUUCGUUUGCAAGAAUUUCUACAAUAUCGAUAAAACUUUUCUUGCACAAGAAGUUUCAAAAUUAGGUUUCGAAUUUGCAGAAAGAAUGAUAACAAGCGAUAAUCUUACUAUUUCCAGUGAAGAGGAAUUAGCCGAAUUCAUUCUUAACCUCGCAAAAGAGUUAAAUGAAUCAAUUAAUUUAUUAAAAUACGUCAAAACAGCUUUUAUACCUCUUACUGUUGUAGAUAAGAUCAUUAAAGAGAGUCGCGAGCUUGGCCUUAAUGAAAGUGACUCCCCAGCGCUCUUAUCUUUCCUUAGUGAAUUUUUCGAAAAUUCCAAACAAAAUUUACCAAGAAAAAGUGACAGAGAACUUCCCUCAAAUAUUUCUUAUAUAGCCAGAAAAGAAUACGAUGAUGUUGUUAACGAAAACAAAGUAUUAACUGCAAAGAUAACCAAAAUGGAUAACGAACUCCAAGAAUUAGUUGCUGAUUUGCAGAUGUCAACAGAAUUCGAAUUAUCCAAACAGAAAAUCUUGUUCGACAGAAGAUUAAGUGGUAUAAAGUCCAUCCUUACAGAGCCUCUUUUCCAAAGCUCACAUAGGAAUUUGGAUAAACUGAAGGCGUUCCAGAAAAACUCGGCAGAUUUCAAUUCCAUUUAUAAUUGUUUCGAAGACUUUUGUAAAAAGAAUGAUACAAAAGCGAUUCUUUUUGGAGUUUUAGCGAACUUCAAUGAGACAAGAUCUGCACAAGGUAACAAUAUUAUACUUGAAGCUGCUACAAGAAACAAUCACGUCCUAGCUGCCGCUUUAGUUAAUUGUUCUGCUGAUCCAAUUUGCCAAAACUCUGCAGGAGAUACAAUUCUUCACAUCUUCGUCAGGAAUGGAAAUAUUGAAGCUGUAAAGAACUUUGUUGGUGUCAUGGAUGUUAAUUCCGUCAACCUUAAGAAGGAAACUCCGUUGUCUAUUGCAAUUGCUUCGAACAACCAGGUAAUGAUCGAUAUUGUGUCUCAACAUGAUCAUAGUAUGAGGUAA